AUGGAUUCAAAUUUAGUUAAAGAAAAAAAAAACGUAGACAAUAAUUUAGCAAAUAGCCAUUUAUCAAAAUGUGGCUCUUCAAUAAAUGGUUCGGUUGAACACCAAGAGUCGAAUAAAGAAGAUGAAUUUCAUACUAAGAACAUGAUUAUUUCAGAUACGGAAAGUAAUUUUUCAUGUAAAUCUAAUUUUUCCGAAAACGUCGAUAAUAAAUGUAUAGUUUCUGUAGAAAAAACAAAAAUUUGUAUACCACUAUCAAUUGAAACAAAAAAUACCAACGCCUUUUUAUUAACUAAAAAUGAAAAUUCAAAAGCAUUUAAAAACCAAACUGAAUUAAAACUCAAAAACGAUUCCGAAGUUUUAUUAAAGGGUGGGAAAAAAAAAUUAAAUAAGAAUAAAAAUUACAAUGGAAAAAAAAAAAUCAAAAAUGUAAGAUUUGAAAAGAAGAAAAAAAGAAAUAGAAAAUUUUCAAUAUGUUGUUGUUUUAAAACAGAAGCUGUGGACAAAAAAGUUACUGAAAAUAAGACUUCUAAGUCGAGAGAUAUUAUGCAAGGUAAACCAAAAAAUACAAUCUUAGGUGGACCUCCUAAACAAAAAACUUCAGAAGAAAAACUUAAGGAUGCUGAAGAGAAGCACAAAAAUGAAGAAGGUCACAGGAAUUCAGAAGAAAAACUAAAGAACACAGAAAAUAAUAAAGUCUGCAAAAUACGUUCAAAAACUGGAUUUAUUGAAAAAUCUUUGGAUGAAACUAAACCUAAUAUUAAUAUUAAAAAUCCCAAAAUUAAAAACCCUAAAAUUAAAAGCCCCAAAAGUAAGAGCCUGGAGAAUAUUUACAAAAUAUUCGAAUAUAAUGUAAAUAUUGAAAUUCCCAAGUUCAACAAUUCAAUGGAUUUGUGGUUUUUGUCAAAGAGAUUUGAAGAGAAAGAAAUGAGCCAAAAGAAUCCAAUGCCAACAAAAUUACCCAAUUUUAAUGAAAAGGAAAUUACGGAUAUUAUUUCUGAUACUCUUAGCUGGUAUGAAAUACAUAAAUUAAACAAAAUAAGAAAGCUAGAAAAUAUGCUGAGCGAUUAG